CUCUCUCUCUCUCUCUCUACACACCUCUCGCUCUUUCUCUCUCUCCAACUAUACGUUAGAAGAGGCCUCUCUCUACGCGUAGGGAUUUUUUGUUUCCUCACCAUCACCACCACCACCACCACCACCACCAAACCCUCGUCGCAGCGACGUUCGCGGAGGAGGAGUUGGAGAGCGCGGGGAUCGGACCCGGCCACCGCGUCGGAGCCGGAUCCAUGGUGAUCUCGGCGGAGGCACCGGCGAGGCCGCCGGAGCCCGCGGCGGAGCCGGCGCGGCAGCGGAGGGAGGAGCCGCUGCGGAGGGGCGGCGGCGGAGGCGACCACCUCCUUCUCCGGAGCCUCGCGUCGUUCCCGAUCUUGAAGACGUGGGGGAGCCAGCGCCUCCUCCGCUGCGCGAGCGUCAACCGCAACGGCGAGACGAUCGGCGGCGGCGGCGGCGGAGGGGGCCGGAGAUCGGCGGCGCCGCCGAGGAUCCGGUACCCGUCUGCGGCGGCGUCGGCGGCGGAGGAGGAGGAGGAGGAGGAGGAGGAGGAGGAGGGGGGGAGGGGGGAGAUCGCGGAGGUGCGGCGCAAGCUCCUCGUCCACCUUCGCGAGGCCGCGGACCGGAUGAGCCUCGUCCCCUUCCCUGCUCCGGCGCCGGCGCCGGAGCCGGAGCCGGAGCCGGAGCCGGAGCCCGAUCCGGAGCCGGAUCCCUCCUCCUCCGCCGCGGCCGCGACGGCGGCGCGGCCGUGGAAUCUACGGGCGAGGAAGGGAUCAUCAUCGGCGGCGGCGGCGGCGGAGCCCGCGGCGGCGGCGGAGCGGCGGACGGUGAGGCUGAGGUCGGAGGACGCGGAGCGGCGGGAGCGGCCCCGUUUCUCGAUCGCCCUCACCGUGGAGGAGAUCGAGGAGGACAUCUACUCCGUCACCGGCUCCCGCCCCCGCCGCCGCCCCCGCAAGCGCCCUCGCCUCAUCCAGAAGCAUCUCGACUCGUUGUUCCCAGGGUCGUGGCUCACGGAGAUCACCCUCGACACGUAUAGGGUUCCGGAGUAGCCCCCCUCCCCCCGGUAACCUCACCGCCCCCGGUGACCCCUCUCCUCCUCCUCCUCCUCCGCUUAAAGAAACAGUAAGUAGAUCCCUCUCUUCUCCUUUUUAAUCCCGCGGUUUCAGGUGUUUGUGUUUUUUUCUUUUCUAAACUUUUUUACUUCUUCCUAAUUUACGCCCGUUGUAAUCUCUUGUGUAUCCAUUAAUUAACAAUCAACAUUAGAAUUUCAUAUAUGUAUUUUUAGAACUGAGCUAAAAUAUUUUUAGAAUUAUUAUGUGUUUUUCGAUUCUUUC